CUCCCGCUCACUCUUUGCUUUGUAGCUGGAACCAUCCUGAGGAUAACGCAUGAGGGCAGAAGAACCAACCAUAGACGUAUAUAAGGAUGAGACGGUCGUAAAAGGAGACUUCUACAACGGAGGUGGAUACAAGAGUCAGGCUGAACCAAUGGAGGACGACAGCGUCUCAUCUGGGUUCGAGCCUCUCUUCAUCAAAGAGGAGGAUGUGGAUCCGGACAGAACCCUCGCGACGCGAUCUGGAAUCACCUUCAAGGGAACGCAGCUGAAUCAAUCGGUUUUAAUCAAGCCAUACUUACAGGAGAUGGAUGACCUACUGAAAGGCUGUGAGGAGCUCAUUGGUGUCCCUUUCGGCUCUGGCUUCUCAGCAAGUCACAAUGAAACAACCUCGACUGAAUCAACUCGUAGCCACAGCAAAAAGGAAGACACAUCGGAGAGCUAUGGAGAAACAAGCGUUUCUCCCCAAGCGUAUCUUUCCACAAGCUACAUGGACACGCACAUGGAUGGGGCUGAAACCAAAGACCAGCCGGCACAAGCCCAGUCACAAAUCUUGGGCACUAUCGGUAGCAGGUGUGGAGUAACCUCAGUAGCUUCUCGCCAAAAGGAGAUGCCUCUCACUUCGGCGGGAAACCAACUGAGUGACACCAUGGUGGAGUACGAGGGUCAGCUCCUGGGGAUGCUGGCCAUGCUGGAGAGCUCUAUGGAAGAGUCUAGGAUGGACUAUGAGCCCCAAGGCUGCGGUCCAGAUGCAAGCCAGGAGUACGUACAAAUCAGUAAGUAUCCUCGUCUUAAUAGGGGUGCAACACUGGUGCCAGUUGAGCAAGGGAGCCCGAUGACGUUGGAGACCCAGCCAAUGCAAUUGGAGUCCUGGGCUGGUCAGCAUGCAGGGGGAGAGAAAGCCUCCAGGGAGAGCAGACAUGAGGAAACAGUGGGUUCAGCAACAAAUGGAGGCCUGCAGAGUAAUUUCUCGAUGACAACACUGGAAUGGCAAGACCAUGGAGUUCUUGAUCCUCUGUUCGGGUUUUCAGGGCCAUCGAUGCCAUUAGAUAGUACAGAAAAUGAUCCGAUGUGCUGUGAGGCAACAAAGACGGGAUAUUUUUCUACGAAGGAAGACACGUGCAUGAAGAGAGACGUAACUGGGAUUGAAGUAGACGACGCCGAAGAGCUGAAGAUGGACAUCAUUGAUCUGGGAUCUGGCAUGAAUGAUUUAAGCGCACUAGGGUGUCAGAUGGAGGCGUGCAUAGAGGAGGUACAGCGGUUGGAGAGGAGGAGGAAGGAGCUGCUGACGGAGGUGCUGGAGUUGAGAGGGACUAAAGACAGAGGGGAGUCAGCGGGGAGCAAUGAAGAGGAAGAGGAGCAACUUGACAGCAAAGUGGUAGAGCUGAUGAAUGCAUUUAAGAGGGAGGAAGAAGGGAGAAGAGAGGAGAGGAAGAAAGAGAUUCAGGGCUUAAGGGAGGAGAGAGCAGAGGAGGAGAGGAUGCUGUGGAAGGUGAACCUGGAGAGACAGGGGCUGCACGAGGAGCUCAGAAGGCUGAAGAGGAGGCUGUUCGCCGUGGCCAGGGACUGUGCUCACAACCAGGCCGCCCUGAACACCCAGCACCGCGAGGUGGAGCUGCUGAGGAGAGAGGAGGAGAAGCUGCAGUCGCUGGUGCUCCAGCUGACAGAAGAGGGCUCCCGACUCAGGGCGGCUCAGCAGCAACAGCUCUUAGACCUACAAGCAGCGCUUCAGGCCCAGACCUCCAGUCAGACCUCCAGCACCCAGAAUGAGCUGACCGAGUGCAGGAGGCACUCCUGUGGAGACGUCCAGCAGUAUCUGCAGGGUGGGCUGAAAGCGCUGGAGGACAGGUAUGAACCCAUCUUGCUCACACUGCUGAAGAGAAGGGAGGCAACAGCCGGUGCACUGCUGAAAGCCAAAGAGCAGGCCCAGGAGCUGAGGGCCCAGCUGAGACCCCUAAAGGAGGAGAUCCAAAGGCUGAACCUCCAGAGGGCGUGUCUGGAGGAGAAACUCAAACUAAUUCACUUUCAACGGAGAGAGGACAUGGGGCAGUAUAAGGAGACAGUGUCCUUUCUGGAGGACAGCAGCAGAGAGCUGAGGACAGAGUUAAAGAUCCAGAAGAGAAAAACCAAAGAGAUAGAGGAGCUGAGCGACAGCCUAAACAAACAACUACUCCUCUUCAGGGCUGCCGAGGAGCAUAACGAGUCUGACGACGAUGAGGAGGAAACAUGAUCGAAUGUUCUUGAUUUAAAAAAAAGAAGAAAACUGAGUUCUGUGAUCAUUAUUUUUUUAUCUGCAACAUAGUAAACUCGACUUUUCAAUUAAUGCACUUUACACACAUUGAGACGCUGUUGUCUAUUUGUAGAGCAGUCGCUGCAGCUCGUAGAAAGGUUUGUGUUAUGAAUAAAGGCUUUUGUGAUCGCUGUAACCCGAGUGCGACUGACGA